UAUAAAAUUACCAAAAAGCGAAAAAAUUAUUUUCCUUGGACACUGUUGGUUUUGUAACCAUCGGAUUCGAUUUUCUAUUUGAGAUCGGACUCCUAGGUCUUCAAUGUCGACGGGUGAGUGAAAGGUACUGGCUUCCGCGCUCUGUGGGGGCGCGUCGACGUUCAUAUAAAGCUUCAACUCUCCUUCUGCUUGAGCUCGUCGGCGACGAAGUGGAUGGGCUACAAAUACUGCCGCAGAAUCCGCCGCUUAUCGGCUUUCCGGACCUUCAACACCAAAUUUCUACUCCCGCCGCCGUUCUAAAAGGGAGGAGGGGAUUGAAUUUUGAUCGGCCUGGAAAGUGUUUGAUAGAAUGCUUCUGUGAGAAUUUAAUUAGGUAUUUGGCAAGGGCAUCCUCUUUAUCUCUAGUAGCUCCGACCACCGCCUUCAGGAGUCACUAUGAUGGGGCGCAAGCUUAAGCUCCGGACAUCUCCAUGUUGUGAAGAUGAAGGAACUUGUUCUGAAAGUGGAGUAGACAGAUUUAGUGUUCUUCCGGAGGAAGUUGCUCAUCAUAUUCUUUCCUUCCUCAAUUUCAAAGACCUCACUCGAGUAGGUGUUCUGUCCAAAAGAUGGAGACAAUUUCAUCUCUCAGUUCUGGUAGUGGAUUUUGGUACAAAUCGGUGGACAGAUAUAAAACAAGUGGAUUUGGCGAGGAUGAUGACUUCUUUUGAUAGAUACUUGCUUGAUCGUGGUAAUAACAGGAUGCAGCGAGUCCGCAUCGGCUUGAGUUCCUAUGUAAAUGAAACAGCGGAGAAAGUCUCUGAUGACCAUUCUCAAGCAAUCAAGUGGAUUCGUAAUGCAGUAAGGUGUAAUGUUGAAGAGCUUGAUCUCUAUUUCUCACACAUUGUUAGUACGAGUACGUUGUCGAUGCCAUCUUUCAUCUUCCAUUCUCAAUCUUUGUGCUCUCUUUCGGUGUCCUUGAAUACAUUCAUUUCGGAGGUUGUUGAAGUGCCAUGUUUAUCCUUUUCUAGUAAUCUCUGUUACUUAUCAUUGAGUUCUGUCAAAAUAGUACACGAGAGGAUUUUCAAAUGGAUCUCAUGUUGCUGCAAAUGCCUUCCGGAAUUACGUCUUAUUUCUAUAGACAACUAUAACGUCUUAUUUCUAUAGACGACAACUACAACA